CCUUCCACCGCAAGAAUGCCAGUUCCUGGUCAUUCCGCCAAAAUGCGCGCUCUAAGCAGGAUCUUGGUCGCGGUAUGCGCGAUUAUUACGUUUUCCUGUUGCGACGCUUCCUCCAUAGCAAUCAGGGCCAAACGAGGCGUAGUUCCCGGUAAUGCGGCCUCCAGGCCCAAAGACGCCAUUCGACGGUCUGAGUGUCGCGUCGACAACAACUGCAAGGCAUGGCCAAAGACGUCAUGCGGCAAGGAUCCGGUAGACGGUCAACGUCGGUGUCUGUGUGCAGAUCAAACGCAUCCAAUCAAUGACGAUUGCAUAACAUCCCCACAAGAGCUGGGAAUGAUUUGCGAAAAGGACAUCCAAUGCAUCCAGUUGGCCCAUUGUACACACAAUGUUAGUGAAACGCACUCGGACAUCAAGGUGUGUCAGUGUAGAGAGGAGUAUGCCGACGACGAUGGGACUUGCAGUGGUGGUGUACGAGCAAUGGUAUCCAUAUGUUUAGCGAUUUUAGUUGCUGCUGUCUUGCAAAAUAACCACAAUUAAUAGCUUGGAUUUUAUUGCAAAGAAUACCACAUAGUAAAUUAACAGUAUUGAAUAAAACAUAACAUAUUUUCUUCUUUUAUAAUUUUUGGUAAAGAGUGGCUGACAGUGUAUUACCAACAGCUCCUCCAAACUGGUAUGAUGGAGUCGGUAUAGUGUGAACAACUUGAAAAACUAAAGGAAAAAACAAAUUUUUUCUUUAUUAAUAAAUAAAAUUAUUACUGAGUAAUUUCUUACCAUCACCAAAUUGUGCAUUCAAUUCUACUUGUGUCCAAUUACAACUAACAAUUAAAAACAUUCCGUUUGGCUGUAACAAGUCGACUAUGUUUUCUUUGUAUCGGUUUCUUUUUUCUUUACUUUCAUCGUCCAUACUAACAACAUCGUAAGUACCUUUAUCCAUGACUAAUGAAAAUGUUGGUAAUGUUUUCACGUCAUCAGUUAAAAAGUCAAACUCUUUUAGUGUUAUAUUUUCUAUAUUUUGAUCUUUAACUAUUGAAUUCGCCAAUUUUACUGCAGGAGCUGAAUAAUCUAUGCCGUACAGAUUGGAAAAUCCUAAUUUAGCCUGAUUACAAUUUGUUCUUUUUUUUAACAACACAAAUUAUUAUACAUGUUUAAAACUAAAUAAAAAUAUAAUUACUAAUUGAAUUAAAAGUAAAGCAUUUCCACAUCCAACAUCUAAAAUGGAAUCUUCUUGACUAAUUUUACAGUUUGAUUGUAUACACCUAUAAAAAA